CAACGUUGCACGUCGGGCUGCCGUUUUCACAACAAAAACAGCGUAUAAAAACCGAAUAGCAGUCAGGUCCGGCCCGUAAACGCAGCUGAGUGCCCGCGCGCAUCAUGUCCAGCAUUCAGCUUCUCCGAGUGCUCGUUAACGAGCGGCUGUCUGCGGCCGCUGAGGAGAUCUUCGAGGCGGUUAAAAAAACCAUCGUUAACUACGAGGAGGAGAUCCUGCUCUCUAAACGGGAGAUCCACCGGCAGCGCAGGAUGCUGCGGACAGUUUUACAACCUGAAAUAAAAAUAAACAAACACUCAGGUCAACCACAGCUGGCUCUCUCCGUCUGGGACGAGGACUUGACCUCGGACCAGCAGCAGCAGCAGCAACACUGUGAUCAGGAGUGGAGCUCCGGUCUGAACCAGGAUGACCUGGAGCCCCCCCAAACUGAGAAGAGCCAGGAGGAUGACCCCUCCAGCAGCCAGGAAGACGAGGACGAGGAGGAGGAGGAGGAGGAAGAGAACACCAUCAGGUUCAUCUUCACUCCUCCGUACGUGAAGAACCAGCCUCAGUCCAGUUACCACAGCGCUAAAGGAGAAGGAGAUCCUCUGCCGAGCACUUCAGCUGAGCAGGAUCAGCCCAAGGUUCAGGACGACGGCGCCGCGUCCUCCAGCUGUUCUGCAGCCGAACACGAAGACAGCGACGAGGAGUGGCGGGGCAGCGCCGGAUCUCAGAGCAGCGACAGCGACAGCGGCCGCAAGUCGAAGGUGAGGAAGCAGCCUCGUCUACCGACGUCCCCGAAACUGCCCCCGACCAAAAAAGCCAAAUCGCGAAUCUGCUGUAAAGUCUGCGGGAAAGCCUUUCACGCCAACGUCUCUCUGGUGAAUCACAUGGAGGUUCACCCAAAGGACAUCUGCGGCGUGUGCGGGGAAUGUUUCGAGACCGAGGAGAGCUUUGAAGUUCACCUGAAGACGCACGUGAGAGCUGAAAUCUGCAAAGUCUGCGGCAAAUGUUUCGGAGCCUCCAGCUCCCUGGAGACGCACAUGAGGAUCCACACGGGGGAGAAGCCGUUCAACUGCAGCGAAUGUGGAAAAUCCUUCAACUGUCGCCACAACAUGAUGCGACACAUCAGGAUACACACGGGGGAAAAGCCGUAUCCUUGCACCGUCUGCGGCAAAUGCUUCAAUGACUACUCCACGUUGAAACGCCACCUGCUGGUCCACGUGCACAAGAAGAACCACGACGCGGAUAACACAUCGGAAAACGAAAACGCCAACGACGCCGAGAAGAAGACGAAGACAUCAUCAGCGAAAAAGCAGCAGACUCGGACCAUAUGCGAAGUGUGCGGGAAAACGUUUCACUCCGUGGUUUCGCUGGUGAAUCACGCCAAAAGUCACGCCACGGACCUCUGCGGCGUGUGCGGGACGCAUUUCGACUCUGAGGAAAACCUCAAACUUCACCUGAAAACGCACAAGAACGGGAAGGUCUGCGAAGUGUGCGGGAAGUGUUUCGACAGUCAGGCGAACCUGGAGAUGCACAUGAGGAUCCACACGGGCGAGAAGCCCUUUCUCUGCAGCGAGUGCGGCAAAUCCUUCAACUGCCGACACAACAUGAUGCGACACAUCAGGACCCACACGGGAGAGAAACCCUACCUGUGCAACAUCUGCGGCCGCUGCUUCAGUGACCACUCCACGCUGAAACAGCACAGCAGCACGCACACCGGAGAGAAGCCGCACCGCUGUGAGGUCUGCGGUAAAGGCUUCCACCGAAAGACAUACGUCAGGCUUCACAUGAAGAGCCACACAACUGAGAAGUGACUGCUCUGUAAAUAUGCUCGGGUGUAAAUAGGCUUAGGCGGUAUCUAUUUUUUUUCAUACCUUCCUGAUACUCCACCAAGGUAUUUAACGGUAUUUGUGUAAAAAAGAAAACCGUAAAAGCUGAGCUGCUGGUGAUAGAAGACAUUGUAGCAUGUAUGGCAUUGCCUAGCCAACAAUGCUGUGUGUCUAAAGGUGUAGACACAUAUAGCCGACGGCCGACCGUUGACAGAAAACCCCGUCGAUAUGAU